AUGGCCCCGAUGCUCGAGUUCCGCACUCAGGGCUUCAACCCGUAUGCCGUCAAGUACUCGCCCUACUACGACUCGCGCAUCGCCGUUGCGUCAUCGGCCAACUUUGGCAUUGUCGGCAAUGGCCGCGUCUUUUGCCUCGCCUUGACGGCACGGGGCGUCGAGGUCGAGACGACGUUCGACACGAACGACUCCCAAUAUGACCUCGCCUGGUCCGAGAUCAACGAGAACCAGCUCGUCGUCGCCUGCGGCGAUGGCUCCAUCAAACUCUUCGAUCUCGGCGUCAAGGACUUCCCCGUCAUGAACUUCCACGAGCACAAGCGCGAGACCUUUUCCGUCAACUGGAGCCCCAUCACGAAGGACACCUUCGUCUCCAGCUCGUGGGACGGCACGAUUAAAGUGUGGUCUCCGACCCGCGAACGCUCCCUCCGUACCCUCCCCGUCGGGAACUGCACCUACUCGGCUUCCUUCCAGCCGUCGAACCCGCACAUCAUCUCCGCCGUCUCGUCAGACUCCCAGAUCCGCAUCUUCGACCUCCGCACGCCCGCCUCCUCGCGUUACCAUCUAACCUCCAUGAUCCCAGUCCACGCAGCAGGGCCUUCCUUCCCCUCCGCCGCGCCCGCCGAGGUCCUCACACACGAUUGGAACAAGUACCGCGACACCGUCAUCGCGACGGGCGGCGUCGACCGCGCUGUGCGCACGUUCGACAUUCGGAACCCGACGGCAGGGCCCCUGGCCGUCAUGCAGGGGCACGAAUACGCCGUCCGCCGGCUGGCGUGGAGCCCGCACGCCAGUGACUUGCUGUUGACGGCGAGUUACGACAUGACGGUCAGGUUGUGGGAUGACCGGUCGAAUGCGCCACCGACAGGACCGCCGGGCGGGGCGCAGAUUGGCGCGCAGGUCGGAAUUAUGAACAGACACACCGAAUUCGUCGUCGGCGUGGACUGGUGUUUGUUCGGCGUUGGCGGGUGGGUUGCGACCGUCGGCUGGGACGAGAGGGUUCUUCUCUGGGACGCGAAUGCGCUCCUGGCCGGCCGGUAA